AUGCUCCGGGUGAGGAUCGAUCACUACUCCAAAGAAACUUCAGUCGUGCAGAAACUUUUCGAUACUGAUUUAGAAGGCACGGCUCUUCUUGAGGAAGCUUUUUAUCUUUUUAAUGCUAAAAUAUUGGAGAAAAGAGGAAUCGCAAAACCUGUUUCCUAUCCUACUGAGCAGAUCAUUCAUCAAAGAUUCAUCGAGUUGUGGACUAACUUUGCAAAAACUGGAAAUCCAAACGAAGAAACUUCGGAGUUAAUUUCUGUUGAAUGGAAACCUGUUGAUAAUUCAAGUGACUACAAUUGUCUGAAAAUAUCCGAAGAUCUUUGUACAAUCAGAGUGUCGGAUAUUUUGCACCAGUUAGAAGAAUUUGCUCAAAAGAAAAACUGA